AUGGAACUCAAAGGAGUCCACGGCCAACGGUUCAUCGUCACCUGCGCCCCGGCCAACGUGCGCCACAUCUUCACUUCCAACUUCGCUAACUACACUAAAGGCCACGAGUACACCGAGAUCUUCGACGUUCUUCUUGGCGCCGGCAUCUUGAACUCCGAUGGGGAGUCGUGGCGGCGCCAGCGGGCGAAGACCCAGAUGCUCGUGACCGCUCCACGGUUCCGCGCCUUCACGGCACGGUGCAGCCGCGACAAGGUGGAGAAGAGCCUCUUGCUGCACCUCGCCUACAGGUUCUUCACCUUCAACACCGGGCCACGGACGUGCCUCGGCAAGGAGAUGGCGUUCGUGCAGAUGAAGACAGUUGCAGCGGCCGUGCUGUGGAACUUCGCCGUCGAGCUGGUACCGGGCCACGUCGUGGAGCUGAAGCUGUCCAUCGUACUUCACAUGAAGAAUGGGCUUCGUGUCAGGGUGCACGGGAGGGGCUCCAUGGGCCACCACUAG